CGCACAUGGUCAACACAUUGCAUUCAAGCCCUGCCUCGCCCGAUGUGUGUAGCACACGGACCUCUCACCGAGCUGGCUUAAAAAUAUCUGGAUUUAUUCCCCCCCCCAUCUCGCGGGCGAUAUCUGUUUUAAUGCAGUUUCGUCUUUAAGUGACUAGCUACCCGGCUUUGUUCCAAUUCGUGGCUCUUGAAUAGACUCGUUUGCCUUAUCUAGCCAACUCCGCAGCCCAUAUUAUAGAAAUAGAGUUGUUUAGCGGUAAAUAAUACAAUAGUUAAUAAAUAAAAAAAAUGUCUACUAAGUGCAAUCAGACCAAAAGCUGCCCCAUUCCCACUCGAAUUAUGCAUCUGAAGGACUGGUCGCAGCUUCCCGACUGCUACAGUCAGACACCCGGGGGCACUCUCUUCUCUACGACGCCUGGAGGAACCCGGAUCAUCUACGACAGGAAGUUCCUGCUCGACUGCCGAAACUCGCCCAUCGCCCGCACCCCCCCCUGCUGCCUACCCCAAAUCCCCGGGGUGACCGUCCCGUCGUCACACCCCCUGGGGAAGCUGCAGGAGCUGAAAGAGGAGUUGGAGGAGGAGGAGAAGGACCCGCCAGCCGAUGACAGCCAGUUCGAGAUGGACAUCUGAACACCAGCUCUGCGUCCCGUGGAGAGAACUUCCCGUUUCUGCGCGUACCUGCUCACGGCCUGUCUCCGGACCAGCGCACGCUGUCACCUUUCCCCUUUCCGUUUCCUUUUGUUUUUACCUUUUUAAACUUUUAUGAAGAACCAAAAAAAGAAACCAAAAAAAAAAAAAAAAACAA